AUGCGUUUCACUACCCUCCUGAUCUCUUUGGUUGCUGUGGCCAAUGCGGCCGUUCCCAGCUGCUCGAGCUUCCCGAAAUCUGUUUGCGUAACCACAUGCAUGCAAAGCACCGGCCUCGACAAAUAUGCAUGCAGAAAACAGUGCCGCGAGACUAAGCAAUCUCUCUGCUCAAAGAGCUGCAGCGCGCCCCAGACUCGCGAGCUUGCUCACGACGAAUCCCUCGUUGAGAAGCGCCAAAUUACUAGUCCGUGCGUCGAGCUUUGUCUAGCCAGACCCGAAUGUGCUGAGGCGCGGUCCGUCAUAACAGGCGAUGGCUCCGCACCGGCCAAGUCGUUUGCGAAGCGGCAGUUCUCCCCAUGCGUUCAGGCUUGCCUUGAGGAGCUCGGGAUCUGGGAUGGCAAAGCCCGUUCAAUUUGCAAGAAACAGUGUGGCGAAGCCAGAGUCAAGAGAGAAUCAGUCUCUGCCCCAGUGAGUGGCUGCUGCGGCGGCGGAGAAGCGACAGAUUCAAUGGUCUGA